AGAAGGUAUCGCAGUAAUAAUAAUAUAUAGUAUAGUUCAAUAUGUCUUCUACCGCUACAUCCCAAAAAAUGUCUUACCAGGCUCCGAUUGACUACCGAAACAUGUACUUGGAUAGUAAUGGAACGUAUUUCAACUAUCAGAUCCCGUUACAGCCAGUUAAACGUUCCAAUAUACCGACAUCGACGGUUAUUUUCACUUUGAGUGUAUUAUUGUGUCUAUUCAGUUGUUUGUUAACUGCUACUUUGUCGUAUAAAUGGCAUACGGACACCAAUUAUCGAAUUGACCAAUUGGCCAGCACGGUCGGGAUAGUAAUAAAGGAACUGGAAACUUUUAGAAACAUAGUCAGAGACGAGUUGUUGACUAAACACGAAAAUAAUAAUUACCAAGAACACACAGAAACAUCAAUGGAUUACGGAGACGAAGAGGAUUACGAGGACAAUAAGUUUAUGGGAAGAAGUUUAUUGCUUAACAAUUCACCACUUAACAAUACAGUGGAUGUACCAAGAGAAGUUGAUGACAGGGUUCGACGUAGUGCUGAGGUAGACGUAAAUAAUGAUGCUAAAAACAAUUUAAACAGUCCUAGCAAACCAAAAAAAAUGAUUGAGGUGGAUUUAAAACCGGAAGAAAGUGAAGAAAAUACCGUAAGGACAUACAUUCGCCGUAAACCCAAGAAAAUUGGUACUAGAAAAAAAAAUCCCAUCACAGAAAUAGACGAAGACGAUGGUGUAUAUGAGGAUAUUAAAGACCCAAAUGAAAUUUAUGCUGCUGCCCAUUUUAUUAGUGAUGCUUCAAAGUAUAAUACACAAACACACGCGCAUUACCACGGAAAUGGCCGAUUACGACACCCAGAUGGUGAUUUUAAAGAUUGGACACCAUAUAUUUGGGACACAAAUAUAAAUAAUGGAAAUAAUUUUCAAAUGAAGAAUGGAAAAAUUGAAAUUUUGAAGAGUGGACUUUACUAUAUUUAUGCUCAAGUUUAUUAUUCUGAUCAACAUGAUAUCAAUGGAUAUUAUAUUAUGAAAAAUGACGAUAAAGCACUCGGCUGCACUACAACAAGGCAUCGUGAGACACAAUCGGACUCAUGUUACACAGGAGGACUAACAUAUUUAAAUACCAAAGAUAUAGUAUCUAUAAAAGGAAUAGAUAGUGAAAGAUAUAUAAUCUUAGACCCUUAUAGAAGCUUCUUUGGUCUUUUUAAAAUACCUAAUGACAAUAUAAAGUUGUAAAAUUGGACGGAUUGUUUGUCGUAAGUCUUUAGUCUGAUACAUACAAAAUUAUUUCUAUCUAUUCUAACAGAUCUUUGAUAAAAUUUACAAU